UGCGAAAUAAGGAAUCAAGCGGUCUAUGUAAUUAGACCUGUAUUAAAUCGUAUGUAUGUCAUCUGAGAAGUAAUUGUUAUGAUCACGUAUGUUCAAAGUGCAAGCCUGGGGAUUGAUAAGGCGGUUGUUUUAGGACAACUGAUUACCUAAUUAACGAUUUCAUUAAAUAGGAUUUUCGAACAAUACGAUAACAAUUUAGUCCUUACAAAUCAAGUGCUAAUUUACGACAAGGAUGAAAGGACUAAUAGGGAUAUUUGCAGUUGUCGUAACAUUGAGUGAAAGCUUGGGUUGUCGAUCCGGGUGGCUGAACCACGGCACGAGCUGCUACCACCUAAGUCAUGACCAAGAAGCGUGGAUCAAUGCGGAGGCCCUAUGCGAGCGGUUUGGCGGCUACCUUGCAGAGAUCAAUGACGUCAUUGAAGACAAAUUCCUCCAAGGAUGGGUGAAUAACAUCAAUAAGCAGUACUGGAUUGGCGGGACUGACCUUGAAAACGAGGGUGAGUGGCUGUGGGUACAUUCCAGAACAAUGCUGUCAUCUUCUUACACCAACUGGCUGACGGGAGAGCCCAAUAGUAGCGGAGGUAGCGACGAAAAUUGCAUUGAUAUGCGUCCGCACAUGGCUGGCUGGAACGACGAAAAAUGUUGGAUUACGCUCAACUAUAUCUGCUGAAAUGGCUGAGUAAGUAAAAGGCUUUGACCUUGCUCUCAUACGAUUUUUAUUUUGUAACAUUUUUUAUUCAGCCCUUAUGAUCAAAAUGACCCUGUCUAUUUGUCAAAAAGGUUUGUGUGCAUGUAAAUUUUACGCCCGUCCAUUCGUUUAUUCCCGAAAUGUGAUCCUGCGAUUGCUUAAGAAAUCAAUGAAGAUUAUUGAAUGAAACUGUGUUCACUUAAACACGGUAGCCUGAUUUGUAUCAAGAUAUUUUCACCUAAAGAUCAACGGUCAGGUCACUGCUACUUAAAUUGCAGAUAGACACAAAAUAAUUUGUGGUAAAUCGAAACGAACAUAGAUAUUAUCAUCAAACUGUGAAGACAUAGUGAAAAGUGCGCAUUAAGAGCAAUGGGAUGAUGAUGUACAAAUUUGUAUUAUUGCAUAAACUCUAUCUAUAAUGCCCUCUGGCGGGGUGCAGAAACUUGGCAAAAGAAGGGCUUGAACGGGUAGAAAUCGUGUAUUAACAAUGCGAUUCACGUGCCGUUCAAGCCCUGUUAUGUGUUUUUCAUAUCCAUAAUCUGGUCUACGCAGCAGUUACUUCCCUUCUCCAGCCUUCGACGACUUUCCAAGCAUAAAAGGGGAACUGAAUAAGCACCAGAUUCCUCAUGCAUGCAGGGAUAUGACUAUUUCAAUCCACUUUUCAAGUUAUACCAUCUGCACUCUCUUGACAACAGCUUUAUUGUAUUGGCAACGUCAUUGAAGUUAUGAUUAUUUACUCAACACUUUCAAAAGACUAAGCUGUAAAUGUAAGUGUUUAUGUACCUUCAACGUUCCUGUUGUAAAUUCCAAAAUAGUUCCUUAUUUCUUACUUUACGCGGCUGCAUUUCAACUUUGCAUUAAUCUACUGUUUAAAUACAUUUUAGAUCGAAAACUGCCUAUCCGAAGGUAAAGCCUCGUCAUUUCGGAUGAUGACCGAUUGAGGCAUAUGUAAAACACAACCUUGAACUGUAUUGAAAUAAUCGAAUUAUUUUGUCGAUGUCGAAUGAACAAAACAUUGUUUUCAAUGAUUGUUUAAAAUUAUUUUGGUAUGUGUGAUUUGUUUAUGCAAUAAUAGCGAAAAUACACAUUUUCUCGGACAUGAUCAUCUGCGGCCGUUCCAAAAUCCGGAUUUUUCGAGCGCCCGCAGAUGAUCAUGCCCUCGAAAACGUGUAUUAUCUCUUUAUUGAGGAGAUGUUUAGAGCGAAUUCAAAAGUUCAAAAUAACGGUCAAGUCUGUCUUGUCAACUCUUUGUUGGACUUACUUACGAGAAAAAAAUUAAUUUGAUCAAAAUUCAAACAUGUACAUGGUUUAUACACAUUUUAGUAACUCUUGAAAACAACAUAUGAUCUGAAAAUUAUUUUUAUAUCUUUUUGUACAGUAUUCCGGCACUUUCGGACAUAAAAGCUCUUGUUGUACAAUGCUCUCUUACAUAUGUCAUUGCAGCUUGUAAAAGCUGUUUUGUUAAGACAUUUUUAAUGAUCAUAUGUAUUUAUUUAUCAUUUUAGAGAACAGCCUGGUGUAGUUGGAUAAAAAACGAUCGAUAGAGGACUUGACAUGUGAUUUUUCACAUUUGAUUGCGUUUUGAUGUCACCUGACUCUUGUAUAAAUACAGUUCUUUCAGUUGA